CCCUGACAACAACAACAACUGAAUGUUUACCAACAAAAUGUGAACGUUCACAAUGGUCCAAAAUAUUCCUAAGCUGUUGGAAAUUUUGAUAAUUCACCUUAUUUCUAGCGUCUCUACCCCUUAGUCAUUCUUUUGACUUUAAAAUUUAAUUCUUCUGUGCAUUCUCGGCUGCUAAUUUUUUAGUUCAAAUGUCAUCCAUCACUGCAGACGCUGCAAGUGCCCCGACGGAGGAGAAGAAUGGGCCCGGUCAACCAGACAAAAAUACUGUCUUAGCGCUACUCCAGCUCCUGAGGAAGUAUAAUCUAAAGGCUACAGAGGAAAGUUUGAAGAAUGAAGCAAAACUGUCAGAACUACCCUCAACGCAGUCUACCUCUGACUCGGAUGUUACAAAUGUCCUUUCAGCCUACAAAAGUGAAGGUGACCCACAAAAGUAUGAAGAAGCUUACAUUGACCUAAAACAAUUCAUAGAAGGAGCUCUUGAUGUUUACAAGCAUGAGCUCCAUACAGUUAUGUAUCCAAUAUUUGUGCACAUGUAUUUGGAAUUGGUCUACAAUUCACAUGAAGAGGAAGCAGUUAAAUUUUUGGAAAAGUUUCGAAAGGAUCAAGAACCUUACUAUGAAGAUGAUAUAAGAAAGAUCAGUCAGGUCACAAAAAGAGAGCACAUGAAAGGCAAUGAGCUAAUCGAUACUUUUACGUCAAAUGAAUUUAUCAUACGAAUGUCCAGAGAUGCUCUAUCAAUUUUAAAGCGACAUUUACAAGAAAAAAAACACAAUGUGCUGUCAAAUGUGGUGCAAGAACAUCUGUACUUUGAUAUGUACGAAGGUGUUGCUCGCAAUAAACAACAAAUUGAUGCAACCGCUGGUGCAAUGAUUGGUGAAGCUACUAGACAGGACAACAAAUCUAAAGUCUAUUAUGGGAUGCCAAAAGAACCAGACAUUCAACUGUCAGUUCUGGUAGAAGAAGAGGAAGAUGGGGAUGGUGGAGAAGGAGAUAAACCAAAGAAGAAGAAGGCUAAAAAAGACACAUUAUUCAGCAGAAAGACCAAAUCAGAUCCUAAUGCUCCUCCGAUAGACCGAAUGCCUUUACCAGAAUUGAAAGAUGCUGAAAAGCUUGAAAAAGCUAAGGCCCUAAGAGAGGCAACAAAACGUGUUACUCUCGGUCCGGAAACUCUACCAUCCAUUUGCUGUUAUACACUUCUGAAUACCUCUCAAACAGUCAGUUGUGUUGAGAUUUGUGAGGACUCAAGUAUCCUUGGAGUGGGUUUUAUUGAUUCAAUGAUUAAAUUAUGGAGCCUCGUCCCGCAAAAACUCAGGGUCAUGAAAACAGCUGAACAGCUAGCAGAUGUUGAUAUGGAAGCAGAGGACAUAAUGCAUAGAAUUUUUGAUGAUAGAAAUGCAGAAGCUUCGCGCCAAUUAUUUGGUCACAGUGGACCAGUCUAUCGGUUAUCUUUUAGUCCUGAUAGGACGCUGUUAUUAUCGUGUUCUGAGGAUACAACCAUUCGAUUAUGGAGCCUGAUGACUUGGACAUGUUUAGUGAUCUACAAAGGACACACUUUCCCUGUGUGGGACGUUAAAUUCUCUGCCCAUGGCUAUUACUUUGCAACAGCUAGUCACGACAGGACAGCCAGACUUUGGGCCACUGAUCAACAUCAGCCAUUAAGAGUGUUUGCAGGUCAUUUUUCGGAUGUCGAUUGCAUCCAGUUUCAUCCUAAUUCUAAUUACAUUGCAUCAGGCUCAAGUGAUCGUACUGUAAGACUGUGGGACAAUUUUACUGGGAGUCAAGUAAGACUCAUGACAGGUCACAAGGGUCCAAUUUACUCGCUCAAUUUCUCAGUUGAAGGGCGGUUUCUCGCUUCUGCAGGAUCAGACACUAAUGUUCUUCUCUGGGAUUUAGCUCACGGUCAUUUACUGGCAGUAUUUACAGGUCAUACCGCAACCAUUCAUAGCUUGGCUUUUAGUAGAGAUGGAAAUAUUUUAGCAUCAGGUUCAAAUGAUUGCUCCAUCAAACUUUGGGAUUUCACAAAAUUAACUGAAGAGGUCCUCGAGGAAGUAAUGAAUGUGACUCAUAACCCUGAAAUUAAAAAAUCUAGUGAGAAUUAUUUACUUAGAACCUACAGCACUAAGAGCUCACCUGUCCUUGGUCUUCAUUUUACUCGCCGCAAUGUUUUAUUAUCGGUCAGUAUGUUUGACGGCAACUAGCAGGAUUCCUAAACCUGUGACAUUUCUGUCCCUCAUACGGUUUUGUGUGAACGAUGUAAAUGCAUUUACUCUCAAGCACCAGAGGUUAACUUUAGUUUAUUCACAGUUGCUAAACAAGUUUGAUGUCUGGAUGUAAGAAAAAUUACUACAAGGGCACAACAUUUUUGUGCUAGUGACCAUUUUUAAACCCCCUUUGAAGCACGAGCUAUCAACCGGAGUCCGUUAAAUCUGUGACAAUACAAUCUCCCGUGCGGUUUUGAGAGAAUGAUCUAAAUGUAUAUACUCUCAAGCACCUGAGGUUAACUUGAGUUUAUUUACAGGUGGCAAAUUAAUUUUGACGCCCCGUUGUAAGAAUUAUUACUGCAAGGGCACAACAUUUUUGCAGAGUAUGUACAUAGCAAAUAAUUAUUUUUGUCUGUUUGUUAUUGAAUCAAUAAAAGUUUUGUACUUUUUUCCA